CACCAGCUUUGAAACACCAGUGGUUUGAACAAUUUCCUGUGUCUUUCGGACAAAUCGAAACCCCCUAAGCCUAAGCUCUUUCUACCAGCAAGCGCAACGAGAUUACCAGUAUUCCCUCUGUGCAGUGAAGAAAUCGGCUUGAAUUUCUCCGCCGUUUGGCUGCUUUUGCUGAAUCUACUUGCCGUUAGCCCAACCCAGCGCCGAUCUCAUCCCUCCGACGCUCCAUCUCCACAUCCAGCCUCAACCCAGCGACGAUCUCCAUCUCUCGUGGCUGCCGUUCGUACUCCAGACCAAACCCAGCCCUAAUCUGUCCUUCGCGACGUGGGCCCUCACGGAUCUGAGCAUUUUGAUCGAAAUCGCCCACUUCACCGCGCCUAGGAUCGCCGCCACGACUCUAAUCGUCGCAGUUUCCCGCCACCGGCCUGGGUCCAGCUCCGAUCGGCUCUGCCUGACGAAGACCCACUCGAUUCCGGCCGGGAUAGUCCUCUCCGCGGCGAUCUGAUUGAAGAAGAAACUCGUUUAUUGCUUUGUUUGGGUCUGAAAAUUUGGAUCAAUUAUUCUUCCCUUGUCCAUCAUCUCCGGCGAUUCGAAGACUCGAGAUACAAGCAGCAGAAAUCAUGAGUUUCUCUUUCUCUCUGCCAUCAAAAUCCUCUUCGAAGCUCAAACCCAUAAAGCCCUCACAGAACUUCGAGGACGAUAACGACAACAAGUCCACCGAAAACGACGCUAAUUCACGGAAAUACGUCAUCGAAUUCAACGCAUCCGAAACCCUAACCGGCAACGCCACUCAAAACGCCGUCGUAAUCCCCCCUAUCCAGAACGAAUGGAGGCCCCACAAGCGGAUGAAGAAUCUCGACCUUCCGAUCGCCGCCCAAUCCGACGGCUCCGGCGGCCUCCAGUUCGAGGUUGAGUCCCUCUCCGACGCCACCAACUCCAGCAUGUCGUACGGCCUCAACCUCCGUCAGACCGCCAAGGGAGAUCAUGAUGAUGAGAUCAACGGCCAGGAUGAAGCUAAGGACAAGAACGAACGGCUGAGAUUCACUCCCACGGAGGACGUCUUGCUUCAGAAGUUGAAGUUCGAUCUCCAGAGGUUGCCGGAGGACCGGGGAAUGGCGGAGUUCGAGGACGUUCCGGUGGAGGGAUUCGGUGCGGCGCUGCUCUCCGGGUACGGGUGGCACGAAGGGAGAGGCAUCGGGAAGAACGCCAAGGAGGACGUAAAGGUCGUCGAGUACACGAAGAGGACUGGCAAGCAAGGAUUAGGGUUUGUGAUGACCGAUCUCCCUCCUCUUCCUAACUCCAAUCGUGAUUCUUUGAAUAAUUCAAUUCCGAAACCAAAGGAUAAUAAUAAUAAUAAUAAUAAUAAUAGUAGUAGUAAUAAGGAGAGUUUGAUUGGCAAGGAAGUAAGAAUAGUUCGUGGAAGAGAAUUGGGAUUGAAAGGUAGGGUUUUGGAGAAAUUGAGUGACGAUAAUAGAUUGGUAGUGAGGCUUUCGAGGAGCCAAGAGACGGUGAAAGUCAACAUUCAGGAUGUGGCGGAGUUGGGAUCUGAGGAAGAUGAGGCAUGUUUGAAGAGAUUGAAAGAAUUGAGGAUUCGUGAAGAGGAAGAGAAGAAGGAGAAAAAGAGUAAGAGAAGAGAAAACAAAAGCAGAGAUAGUGAUGGUGAGAAACAACAACCACCGAGAAAGUCGUGGCUGAGGAGCCACAUUCGGGUUAGGAUCAUCAGCAGAGAGUUGAAAGGAGGGAGAUUGUAUUUGAAGAAAGGAGAGGUGGUGGAUGUGGUGGGGCCGAAGGUUUGUGAUGUGUCCAUGGAUGAUGGCAGGGAGCUCAUUCAGGGGGUGUCUCAAGAUGUUCUGGAGAGCGCGCUCCCGCGGCGUGGAGGGCCGGUGCUCGUGCUGUUCGGGAAGCAUGAAGGGGUGUAUGGGAGUCUUGUGGAGAGGGAUUUGGACCGGGAAACCGGUGUCGUUAGGGAUGCGGAUACUCAUGACUUGAUCAAUGUCCGCCUUGAGCAAAUUGCUGAGUAUAUUGGCGAUCCAAGCUACCUCGGUUAUUGAUUCUUUUGGAGCCAUCUUUGUUUGUAGAGGACGGGUUGCUGAAUGCCGAUUCGUCUUUCCGAUCAAUAAGUAUCUUUGAAUUUUGUUUUGCUAGUGACUUUGCUGAUCCAUAGGCCUUUUAUGCUCACCACACUUUUUAGAAUGCAAUUUCUUCACAUAUAGAUGAUCAAUUCAUAACUUAUUCUAUGAACAUAUGUACUUGUGUGAUGCAAUAUUGUAUAUUCAAAUAUUGCAAGGGAAUUUGGAAUGUUUUUGAAUUAGUUAUUGUAAUUUGUAUUCCCCAAGAUUCUUCUGAAAGCACAAUCUUUUACUUCAUGCAAGGAAAUUACAAUGUUAUAAAGAACAAACAGACAAAUAUUGCUGUUGGCAUUUUGUGCUGUUGAUCUUUCUAUAUA